AUCAUCCAGUUGACCUUUGUUUGGUCCUUCCCUUGAAAGCUACGCGGUUUCUGGUAGACAUCGAGGAACCAGGAUUCACACUUCAGUAGUCAAGUCAAUCAUCACUUUUAAGGCUAUAUAUCAAGCUUGCUUGGUCAGGGUGAGAUGUCUCACUUACGUUCAUACUUUCUAACUCUCCAUCAUCUGCUGCUUCGUGGAGUUUGGCUUGAUUUGGUAUAUCACCGUCCAUGGCAAACUGCUUACGGAGACAGUCGACAACAAUGCCUGUAACCCCUAGGAGCGAGGGCGAUAUCCGCCAGCAGGCCGACCUCCGGAGCUUCGCCUUCAAGGACCUCAAGGAAGCCACCAUGAACUUCCGGCCGGACAGCGCGCUCGGCCAGGGCAGGUCCGGAUCGGUGUUCAAAGGGUGGGUCGACGAGACCACCUUUGCUCCGGCCAGCCGUGCCGCCGGUAUGCCCAUCGUUGUCAAAAUACUCGAGCAGAAAGACUUCCAAGGCCACAUUGACUGGCUGGCUGAAGUGAAUCGCCUUGGCCAAUUGUCGCUACCCAAUCUGGCGAAGCUUCUAGGGUACUGCCUCGGAGACCAUUAUCUGCUCCUCGUUUAUGAGUUCAUACCGCAAGGAAGCUUGGAGAAUCAUCUUUUCGGUAGGGGCUCAAAUUUACAAUCACUGUCAUGGGAUCUGAGGAUGAAGGUUGCUCUUGGGGCAGCCAAGGGCCUCGUGUUCCUCCAUAGCGACAAGGCCAAUAUCAGCUACGGUGAUUUCAGGACCUCGCAUAUUCUUCUUGACUCGAGCUACAAUGCGAAGCUGUCCGAUUUUGGGAUGCCGAAGGAUGAACCAACCGUUGAUAAGAGCUUUUAUAUUGAUGAAUUGCCGAGCUACAAUGCAAAAAGGUUGUCUGAUCUUGGGUUGUCGACCGGUAAUACAGCAGAGGGUGAUGUGCAUAGCUUCGGGGUGAUGCUGCUGAAGAUACUAACCGGCCGGCGCCGACUGGAUAGGAACCGGCCUUACAGUGAGCAAGACCUUGUGGAGUGGGCGCGGCCGCACCUGAGGAGCAAGCGCCAGAUCUCCCACAUCCUGGACGCGCGGCUGGGCGGUCAGUACUCCCUCUCCGGCGCACAGAAGGCCGCCUGGCUGGCGCGCAAGUGCCUCUCUGGCAACUUGAGUGUCCGGCCGAGCAUGGAGCAGAUGGUUGCGGCACUAGAGCAACUACAGGACACCAAGGAGACCGCAGUGAGUGAUCAGGGGAAGGAGAGUGGCGGUGGCGCCUGCGGCUUUGUCUGCCAUGGUUUUGCUUCUUUAUACAGAAGGGGGAAAGACUGGACGUACGAGCGAGCUUUUCGGCUCUGCCCGAAGCUCGCUCCAGCUCGGCCCGUUACAGCUCGGCUUGAUAGGAUAAUGGAGCGGGCCGAGACAAUGGACAAGGAAAAGGGGAAGGCGAGUGGGAAGGAGAAGGAGAAAGAGAGGACGUUGGACUCCAUUAUGAAGAUUAAGUUGCCGGUCUCGGGGAUACAGAAGGGGAAUGGGAAGGGCAAUGCAGCAGCUACUAUGCGGCUGCCGAAGAAGUUGGCAAAUGAUUCCAGCAAUGUCCCAAUCGCUGAGUUGUUGUAUAGGGUAAAAAAGAAACCUCCGCCUCGACGUCUCCCUGACCCCACCGGCGCUGGCGUGCGUGCCGUAAUAGCCGUUGCCUCCGGCUCCACAAACUACUAUGAGAGGGAGGCUACAUCUUCCCAGGAGAGGGAUGAAGAUGAGGAGGAAAAUGUUGAGAAUAUCAAGUUGCCCAAGAUUGUUAAUGUGGGGGAUAACAACAAUUGGUUGCUUGCUCUGUCAGCAUUAAGAUUACUAUUUAUACAAGAAAGUUACAAGGUAGUUGGAUAUACUCACUGCAUUCCAAAUUGA